CGCAGAGAUGGGAAGUGCAGCGUGGAUAUUUGUGCUGGCUGCCGUGUUGGUGCUGGGGGUUGCAGGGGAGGAGCCGGAGGACUUGACCUCCCAGGAGCCGCCGACAGAGGACGCCGAGGCCCGCGUCAAGCGCCAGGGCGGAGGCAUCGGCAACAACUUCAUCCUCCCGACGGUCAACAACUUCCGCAAUCGGGGCAACUUCGGCAGCUCGAACGCCAACCAGUUCCUCAACCGCCCCGUGCAAGUGGGGGGAGGUCGCGCCUCCUUCUCUCGAAACUCGGGCGGCUUUUCGGUCCUCAAUAACGACCCCUUAGGGCUGUUUAACAGGCAGUCGAGCUUCCAGCCUUCGUCGGCGGCGUCCGUCCAGAGGUUCCAGGGGGGGCAGGUCUCGUCCACGACCUUCCCGCCCUCGUUCCAGAGAAACAUUUUCAACCAGAGGAACUCGAGCCCCCAGCGCUUCACGCCCUCGACACCCCAGGCCUUCGGCGGCCGCCAAGUUUUCAAUCAAGGCCAGAGGGGAUUCCAGCCGACGCCGUUCCAGUUCGCGCAGAGCCUAGCGCAGAGGCAGCAGGCCCAGGCAUCUUUCCGCCAGCCGCAGCAGUCGUUCCCGCAGACUUUCGGUUCGCGGUCCACGGCGGCCUUCCAAGGCGGGCGGCCGACGGGCGCUCAGAGACCGGUGGGUGCGCUUUUGCCUCAGACCAGAACCCAAAGACCCUCCACGGCCGGGGCUGCUAGAAGACCAGUAGGCGCGCUUUUCCAACAGACGAGACAGCAAAGACCGCCUACGGCAGGCGGAAGACCACUGGGGGUGCUUUCCCAACAGACAGGACAGCGGACAGCGUCAACAGGUGGUGCCCGUAGGCCAACAGGUGUGCCUCUGCCACAGACGCGGCCACAGACACCCACGACGAGAAACAGUGUUCAGAGAGUCUCGGGCGUGCGGUUUCAGCAGACGGGAACGCAAAGACCUACUGGUGCUCAGGGCUUCCUGGGGCGCCCCAACAGCGGCCUCAGGCUCUUCGUCGACUCCCCCGAGGACUCGCGCGAGUUCCUGUUCCGAAACGCCGGCGGCCGAACCACCUUCCCCAGCCGAGGCUUCCAGCAGGGCGUGACCAACUUCGGCAACCAGGGCUUCAGGCCGAGGCCGAACCUCCGGCUGGAUCUGGAUCUCACGCAGGAGGACCUGACGACGGAGUUCAACUCGCGCGAGCGGUUCUUCCCGACGGCUCUGGGCGGAAGGCCCUUGUCCGUGGGCGGAAGGACGCAGGUCAACCGGCCGAACCCCUUCAACCAGGGCUUCAGGGGCAGGCCCAACUUCCAGGUCGAGUUCGACGUGACGGAGGAGGACCUGACGAGGGAGUUCAACUCGAGGGAGGUGUUCCUGCGAAACUUCCGCGGCGUCGGGAGGUCCUUCUCGAGCGCGACGGCCCGCCCGCAGGUCGCGCGUCCGAACCCCGCCGUGCAGGCCUUCAGGCCGACCCAACGCGUGGAGAUCGACGUGACCCGCGAGGAUAACUCGCGCGAGCUGUUCCUCCAGAGCGUCAGGAACACCGGCACCCUCGGCCGUCCGGCCAUCAUCCCCAACCGCACCCUCAGGCCGCAGGGCGCCGUGCGGCUCGAAGUGGACGUGACCCGCGAGGAUCUGACGCAGGAGUUCAACUCGAGGGAGGUCCUCCUCCAGAACUCGGGCUUCGGGAGGGCCCUGCCCAACGCGAGGCCUCAGGGCUUCCGCACGAGCCCGCCGGCACCGAGCUUCCCGCCCAGCCCGCCGAGGCCGGCCUUCCAGCCCCGGCCCGGCCUGCGGGUGGAGGUGGAUGUGACCCGCGAGGAUUUCGACGACUCGCGCGAGCGCUUCCUGCAGAGCCUGGCCAACCGCCCCAACUUCGCCAGCGCCACCGCCCGCCCGCAGGCCUUCCGCCCGUCGCCCGCGGUCCAGAGCUUCCGGCCGCGCCCUGGCGUCCGCGUCGACUUCGACGUGACGAACGAGGACAUCGACGACUCGAGGGAGCUGCUGCUGCGCCCGACGGGAGGCCGCGGGAGGUUCCAGGCGGGCGCCUCCAGGACGAGCAGCUUCCGCCCUCGGCCGGUGCUGCAGCUGGACGUCACGACGGAGGACCUCGACGACGACACCUUCGAGCUGUUCGAUGACUAGGGCGGCCGCAAGGGCGCCCGCACGCGGGGGCGCCGCGCCCUGUCGCUGCAGCGCCGCGUUGUUGUGGUGUAUAUUUAUCAAGUCAGUUUAUAUAUAUUAUCUAUUGAGCUUUAGGAGUAAGAUUAAUG